AAUAGCGAAGUAAUUACCUCUGUCCCUGCAGAGAGCUGCGCUAUUAUAUUUGACAUUAAAAAGUAUAAAGGUUGCAACAUUGUAUCUAUAUGUAUCCGAAUAAAAACAUCUAUAUCCGAAAUGGACACAAAUAGAUACAAUGUUGCAGUCUCUAUACUUUUUAAUGUCAAAUAUAAUAGCGGAGCUCUCUGCAGGGACAGAAGGAAUGUUUCAGCUGUCAUCGGGUUUUUCACACCGACAGCUGAAUUUGAAAUUAUUUCCGUGAAUUAACGUAUUUACAUGUUUUAAACUUUUUUUUUUUUUUUUUUAAUUUCUUCAAUUACUUCCUGGUUUCUGGCCUAU